AUGAGUGUGAAUGGGGACGAUAGCACGCCAGCCGCUCAGGGUAUGGUGCUGCGCCAGAAGCUCAUCACAAGCUCCACCAAGCGGAGAGUCGCAGAGCUGGCGGGCCUGGAACACAAGGUCGCCACGGUCGAUGCCCUAACCACCCCCGACCUCCACGCGCUGCUGCUCGCCCUCUUCGAGACGUAUCCGCUGUACGAUGAUCGCGAAUCCCGCCGCGCCGUCGAGCAGGUCCUCAUAUCGCUGGUCAAUGGCCCCCAUGGCGAUGCUGUCUUGACCCCGAUUGUGAACUUUGUCAAGCAAGAGAGCCUCAAGAAAGGGCUUGCCCACGCCAGCGCAUUCGUGCUGGUGGACUGGUGCUCGGUGCUGUUGCUUCAAUUGGCCCAGUCACCAGAGCGAUGGGCUAGACAUGGCUUACAUGUCGCUCUCGCAGACGCCCGUCUUCUCGAGACAUGCGUGGGCGCUGGCAGUCAUCGGCGAGCCCAGCGCAUUUCCCACUCUGCCCUCGUAUCCACCCGUCGCGCGUUGCGUGCCAUUCUGCGCGCCAACUCCUCAGCCCUCGCUCAGCUUGUCACCACGCUCACCACGAAGGGCGCCACCUCCGCAGCUGGAAAUGCUGUCUUCCUCGGCGUUAUCGCGGGCGUGGCAUCGCGGCUGCCCACCAUCAAACCACUGCUAGAACAACACAAGCAGGAAUACUUCAACUUCUAUGUUCGCGAACUCAUAGGAUCUCGGAGUCAACUACCAGAGCACGUGGCCAAUGCACUAUAUGACUUCUUCCAUAGCUUCCCUACCUUGGAGCAGCUGCGCAAGGAGAUCAUUGCGCCAAUUGAAAAGGCCUUGCUGCGAGCGCCAGAAGUGGUGCUCAAUGACCUUGUGUCCCCCAUGAUACGUGCCCUUCCCGAGUCAAUGGAUCUCUCAGAAAUCCUGCUUGGGAACCUGCUGAAACCCUUACUUUCAAACGUCAAGUCAAGCAAUCCUACCAUUCGAACCGGUGCGCUGCGAACAUUCCAAGCACUGGCUUCGCGAUCGCAUCAAAACGAGCUUCUCGAAUGCAUCGCGGAUGAGGUUGUCAAUCCUCUGAAACAGGGGAAAGUCUCGGGAGCGGAUCAAAGGGUGCUCCACGCGCAAAUGCUGUCAUCUCUGCCUCCAUCCAUGUCAUUAGCGACAAAGAUACCGGCCACAUUGGCCCCUGUAGCACUCAAAGAACCAAGCGAGUCAGCUGUUGUUGCUCAAGUCUCGGCCAUGACACAUCAUUUAACUUUUGGUCUGACAAAGGGAGUCGCUCUUGACAAGAUCGUGUCUGACGCAUUCAUCAAGGGCAUGGCCGAUAAGCGAUUGUCUGUAAAGCGCCUAUGGGCCAUCCGCGCUGCCGACAUAUGGUGGAAUUUGUCUGAAGCUCAACAUGCUCAGCAAGAUGUGGUGCUUUUCUGUCAAGCCACGCUACCGAAACUGGUGGAGGUCUGGCAAGAAGUUAAUGCCAAUCCCAUUCCCUCAACCCAGAACGGCCUGGUCACUGUAGGUCAUUAUGUCACGGCUCUACUCAUUGAGAAAGCUUGCAACUCGAGCGACGAGAAGCUCGCUACUGUAUUCAAAAAAUCCGAUGUCGUCUCACAAGCCCUCGCGAUUCAGCCAAAACCCUCCUUCAUGCUCAGUCCGAAAGUGUAUUCGAAACUAUCGACAGAAGACGAUGUCGUGGUUGCACUUCGUGCCCUAACGGCCCUCGCUCCAUUUUUGGGCAAAGGUACUUCAACUAACGUGGAAACCGCGUGGGCGCAUGCUUUCAUAUUCUUCGUUGUAGCACAGAGCGUCUCUACCAAAGCCAAAUCCGCGGCCAAAAAUGCAUUGACGCAGGCAUAUACUCGUUCCUCGCCGGAAACUAUCAGCAGAAUCAUAGUGCAGGGCUUAUGGUCUUGGUACAAGUCCAUUGGGCAGGAAGACAAGGAUAGUGCUGCCUUCGCAGCCAAAACUGGCGCUGCUGAGCUCGGGCAUGUGCUUAGUUGUAUUUGUCUUCCACCUGAUACUCGAAAUAAGCACAACAUGGAAAUUGAUACUUCGUGUCUGCGCCAGCAAGCCAUGGAUCUGAUUGUACUGGCAAGACCGGAAAUCAUGCCUCGAGUAGCUUGGAUUGAUAUGUGCCUUCGCAUGGGUAUGGAUCCGGGCCAACUUGUACGAGACAAUCUGAAAGAGCUUAUGGAUAUGAUCAACGAUAUUACUGAGCUCAAGGCUAGCGACCAGCUUCCAGCGAUGCGUCUAGCCGCAUAUAGUGCCUACACAGAUAUGGCCUUUGUGGCACCAGAAGCUGCUCUGCCCGCUGUUGUGCAGCAAUUCAGCAAAGAUCUUAACCCACAACAGCUGGAGGUUGUGGGACCGACCGAGGCAGCCAUUUUCCGCACCCCUGAGGGCACAGCUUACAUCGAUGUCCUGUCCAAAAAGGCGCCGGUGACGAUAGACAAGAAUACCAAAGAUUACGAUACUCUGAAAUGGGAGGAGGAACUGCGAACACAGCUUGCACAGAAGAAAGGUCAAGCCAAAAAACUUACGGCAGAGGAGCAAGCCAAGGUCACUGCUCAACUUGCGAAAGAGUCGGACAUAAGAAAAAGUGUUGCCGCAAUAGAGAAGAGAAUGAGACGCGGUGUUGGCAUCAUCAAAAGUCUCGCGACGGGACCACCUACUGAAGCGGAACAGUGGAUGGGUCCUGCUGUCGACCUCCUCAUCCAAUCUAUCCGAGCUGGCGCUGGCCUUCUACUCGGAGAGUUGCCAGCAACUACCUUUAUAUCCUGCUCAGAUCGAAUCUCGAAUCGUCUAGGCGUUAUGCGUCCUUUCAUUGGUGUUGCGACACUGAGGACAAUUGGUUCCAUACAACUUGCUAAAGAGUACGAGGACGAGCCCUUGGGUGAUCUGGUAACCCGCGUGCUUUAUCGACUUCGAUUUUUGAGUGAACAAAGACCAUUGGAUGCUGUGUCGCUGGCUUACUGCCUCCCUCUCAUAUUCCUGGUGUUAGAGAAAGGUGGCAUCGGGCGAGCAUCCCCUGAAGAAGCUGAUGAACAGCUCAUUCUCGCUAUUGAGGUUUUGGCAUUCCACACCAACUCUUGUCUCGAUGAGCGGUUGCAACGCAGGAACCUGCUUGAAAUACUAGUGUGGUCCAUGCAAAGAUACCAGCAACAUUAUAAGCUGAUCAAAGACUGUCUCACAAAUCUCGCCAGCGGUCUGGCUCCCAACAUCACAAAUGAAGAAUUGGGCGCAUUGCUCCGCGGAACAAUCGUACCAGAAACUGGUGUUCGAACAGCGACUUUACAGGCCAUAGACGCCGAACUAGACCUGAAUGAUAUGGACUUUAGUGAAGAGAUUUGGAUCGCCUGUCACGACGACGUACCUGAAAAUGCAGAUAUUGCAAGGACGAUCUGGGAAGAGAACAAUCUGAAGCUCGAACCAAGUGCCGGUGUACAGAUGCUUCCUUACCUUGAUUCCCUCGACAAGCAACUUAGAAGAGCGGCCGCCCGGUCACUUGGUGAAAUCAUUACCAAGUUUCCCGAGACAUUUGAUGAUCUUCUCCGACGUCUUCAAGACUCUUACAAAGAAAUGGCAAAACCACGAGUUCCGGAGCGCGACGAAUAUGGAAUGCCACGCAAAAUCGACCUCCGAGACCCAUGGGAAAGCAGAGAUGGAAUUGCACUCGCGUAUAAAGAAAUGACAGUUGGAUUUACACCCGAUCACCUUACUGACUUCUUGAACUUUUUAGUCUACCAGGGACCCUUAGGCGACCGAAGUGCUGCAGUACGAGACGAAAUGAUUGAGGCGGCCACUUCUGUCAUUACUUCCAAGGCGCAGUCCAAGGUAGAAACGCUGAUGGAACUUUUUGAGAAUGCUCUGGAAGGGCCUGAUCGCAAGUCGGAACUAUAUGACCAGGUCAAUGAAGCCGUGAUCAUCCUCUACGGUGCCUUGGGACGCCAUCUCAGUGCCGGGGAUCCGCGAGUUCCCAAGAUUGUUCAAAGGCUGCUGGCAACUCUCAGCACACCAUCAGAAACGGUACAGUAUGCCGUCGCACAGUGUCUACCUCCCCUGGUCCGAACAUCUGAACAGGAGCUGCCCACAUACGUCAAUCAAAUGAUGGAUCAGUUGCUUCAUUCCAAAAAGUAUGCCGCACGUCGUGGAGCAGCAUACGGUCUUGCCGGUAUCGUGCGCGGCAAGGGCCUCGGCGUACUCAAAGAGUAUCGGAUCAUGAGCACACUCAAGGGCGCUAGUGAGAACAAGAAAGACGCGAACCAGAGGCAGGGUGUAUAUCUAGCGUAUGAACUCUUCUCUCUCAUCCUAGGACGUCUAUUCGAGCCUUACGUCAUUCAACUUGUGCCACAAUUGCUCACAGGCUUUGGCGACACUAGCGGGGAUGUAAGAGAAGCCUGCCUCGACGCUGCCAAGACUUGUUUCUCAACGUUAAGUUCUUUUGGUGUCAAACAAGUCCUGCCGAUACUCCUUGAAGGCCUUGAUGACCAGCAGUGGCGUAGCAAAAAGGGCGCCUGCGACUCCUUGGGCGCCAUGGCCUAUCUUGAUGCGAACCAGCUGGCCCUCAGCCUGCCUGACAUCAUUCCACCUCUCACAACAGUCCUGACUGAUAGUCACAAAGAGGUACGAUCAUCAGCAAACCGAAGUCUGCAACGCUUUGGUGAGGUCAUCAGUAACCCGGAGAUCAAGAGUGUUGUCAACAUAAUUUUGAAGGCUUUAAGCGAUCCCACGAAACAUACUGAUGAUGCGCUCGAUGCGCUGAUUAAGAUCCAGUUCGCACAUUUCUUAGAUGCUCCGUCGCUUGCUCUAGUGGUCCGUAUUUUAGAACGUGGUCUAGGCGACCGGUCGGGGACAAAGCGAAAAGCGUCCCAAAUCAUUGGAAGUUUGGCUUAUCUCACUGAACGGAAGGACCUCACAUCGCAUUUACCUAUCCUCGUUGCCGGUCUACGCGUUGCCAUUGUGGACCCAGUUCCUACGACCCGUGCCACGGCAUCCAAAGCUCUUGGUUCCCUCAUGGAGAAGCUUGGAGAAGAUGCACUUCCAGAUCUCAUUCCAAGUCUCAUGGCUACUCUCAAAUCAGAUACCGGAGCAGGCGAUCGACUUGGUUCGGCACAGGCACUCUCUGAGGUUCUUGCAGGUCUCGGCACCGGACGCCUGGAGGAGACCUUACCCAGCAUACUGCAAAAUGUGGCCAGCAACAAGGCCUCGGUGCGCGAGGGGUUCAUGUCACUGUUUAUCUUCUUGCCCGCUUGUUUUGGAAACUCCUUCGCGAAUUAUCUCAGCAAGAUUAUACCACCGAUUCUUGGUGGACUUGCAGACGACGUUGAGUCCAUUCGGGAGACGGCUCUACGCGCUGGUCGUCUCUUGGUGAAGAAUUUCGCCACAAAAGCUAUUGAUCUCUUGUUGCCGGAGCUUGAACGGGGCCUUGCAGAUGAUAGUCAUCGCAUCCGUCUCAGCUCUGUGGAGCUUGUCGGAGACUUGCUCUUUAAUCUCACAGGCAUCAGCGGAAAAGUUGAGGAAGACGAGGUUGAAGAGGGCGCCAAGGAGGCUGGACAGUCGUUACUGGAAGUCCUUGGAGAAGAUAAGCGGAACAAAGUCUUAUCAGCGCUCUACAUUUGCAGAUGCGAUACAUCAGGUCUUGUCCGUACUGCAUCCAUCAAUGUAUGGAAGGCUCUGGUCGCAACGCCGCGCACUUUGCGGGAGCUUGUUCCUACGCUUACGCAGCUCAUUAUCCGCCGCCUAGCAAGCUCAAACAUGGAACAAAAAGUCAUUGCUGGCAACGCACUGGGCGAGCUCAUUCGAAAGGCUGGAGAUGGUGUGCUCGCCACGCUUCUUCCAACUUUGGAAGAGGGCCUACACACUACAGACACAGACGCAAAGCAAGGUAUCUGCAUUGCGCUUCGCGAACUCAUUGCUUCUGCUUCCCCUGAGCAGAUCGAAGAUUACGAGAAAACUUUGAUUCAGGUGGUAAGAACGGCGCUUGUCGAUCCAAAUGUAGACGUGCGCGAAGCAGCAGCCGAAGCGUUUGAUGCGCUCCAGCAGAUUCUCGGCAAGCGUGCAGUCGACCAAGUUCUACCAUACUUGCUCAAUCUACUUCGUGGUGAGGAUGAUGCACAGAAUGCGCUUUCUGCACUCCUCACCUUACUUACCGAUCAGGCACGGUCCAACAUCAUCUUGCCCAACCUCCUGCCAACACUCCUCACAUCACCUAUGUCCGCCUUCAAUGCCCGGGCCAUUGCUUCGCUUGCUGAAGUCGCCAGCUCUGCCAUGACUCGAAGGUUACCGAACAUCCUCAAUACCAUCAUGGAUAAUGCCAUCACUAUCAAGGAUGAAGCCUUAAAGGCUGAGUUUGAAUCAUCGUUUGACAAGGUCCUGCUAUCUGUAGACGAAUACGAUGGGCUCAACACAGCCAUGAGCGUGAUGCUUGCGCUUUCAAAGCACGAUGACGAACGGAGACGAGCACGUGCUGACAUGCACCUAGCCAGAUUCUUUGCAGAUUCAGAGGUCGACUUCUCGAGAUACUACCCUGAUCUCAUCCGCGCGCUCCUCGUAUCAUUCGAUGACAGCGACAUAGAGGUGGUCAAGGCAGCUUGGACUGCGCUUAGUACACUCACGACAAAGCGUCUGCGAAAAGAGGAGAUGGAGUCUCUCGUCAUCUCUACACGUCAGACACUCAGUCAAGUUGGUGUUGCCGGCGCCGACCUUCCUGGUUUCUCGCUACCGAAGGGAAUCAACGCUAUCCUACCCAUAUUCUUGCAGGGCCUGAUGAACGGCACUGUAGAGCAACGUACACAAGCUGCGCUGGCUAUUUCAGACAUCAUCGACCGUACUAGUGCGAAAGCACUUCAGCCUUUCGUUACGCAAAUUACUGGGCCGUUGAUUCGUGUAGUUACGGAGCGUUCGACAGAAGUGAAAGCAGCCAUCCUUCUCACACUCAACAACCUCCUGGAGAAGAUACCGGCCUUCCUCAAACCUUUCCUACCUCAACUCCAACGCACGUUUGCCAAGGCUCUUGCUGAUACUUCGUCUGACGUGCUGCGAGCCCGGGCAGCGAAGGCGCUCGGCACAUUGAUUAAACUCACUCCUAGGGUGGAUCCACUCAUUGCAGAACUCGUCACUGGAUCCAAGACUGCUGAUGAGGCUGUAAAGACUGCUAUGUUGAAAGCCUUGUUUGAGGUGGUGAGCAAAGCGGGCAAGAACAUGAAUGAAGCCAGCAGGAACACAAUAUUGGGUCUCAUCGAUACCGAUAGCGAUGACUCCAAUGACGCUAUGGCGAUAACGAACGCUCGUCUUCUCGGUGCACUCAUAAGCUGUCUGCCCGAGGAGAUGGCUUCGGGUCUUAUCAAGUCUCGUGUGCUCACAACUCACUACAAUAAAGCCUCUGUGCUAGCUCUGAACGCGAUCUUGUUAGACGCGCCAGAAGCUCUGACAGGACGGUUUGCCGAAGAAACGGUGCAUGUCAUCUGCCACGGCAUUCCACAUGCGCAACCCUCGAUUGCAGACAAUGCUGUGCUUGCAGCUGGCAAGUACCUUCUGGGGAAGAAGAGCAACACCAAUUUUGAGCACACCAAACCAUUGUUCGAAGCGCUUGCAGCGGUUGUCGGCCCUGGGCACGCCGUCGAUACCAGACGCUUGGGCCUGGUCGUACUCCGAACCGUUGCGCGUGAACGCAAUGAGCUUAUCCGGCCACACAUUGAUCUCAUUACGCCGCCGGUCUUCGCAUCGGUCCGCGAUGCAGUGAUUCCAGUGAAGCUAUCAGCCGAAGCAGCUUUCCUGGCGAUAUUCUCUGUGGUGGAUGAAGAGAGUGCAGUAUUUGACAAGUACAUGGCCGGGGAGGGGAAGAAACUGUCAGGAGGCCAGCAGCGUAGCAUGGCUGACUAUUUCAAGCGGGUUGCUACAAGACUAGCUGGACAGGCUAGGGAGAGAAAGGAGGCGGAAGGAGGUGCUGGUGGUCUAGGUCUGUCGAGCGAUGAGAUGGAGGAUGAGCGCGAGAUUUGGAGCGUGGGUAAGGUGGAGCUUGGAGAUGUGUUUGCAGAUAGCUAG